GAGUCCUCCAGAGCACAGAGACCCAAUCAUGGCACCUACAAUCACUGCAGCAGCGACCAACUCUCAGAAGCAGCUGGCUCUGACACACAAGCUCAGGAAGCCUCUGGUGGAGAAGUUUCGCAGAGAGCGAAUCAACAGCAGCAUCGAGCAGCUCAAGUCUCUGCUGGGUCCAGAGAUCCUCAAACAGCAGCCAGACUCCAAGCUGGAGAAAGCAGACAUCCUGGAGAUGACGGUCUGCUUCCUGAGGCGACUGCAGCAGCAGCAUCACGCUGUGGACUCUGCAGCUGUUGGUCAGGGCUACUCCAGAUGUGUCCAAGAGGUGGUGCACUUCCUGUCCAAGGAGGAGGUGAAGACUCAGUCCCAGAGAGGACUGCUGAGACACUUCAACCAGCUGAAAACUUCCUCUGAGAAGAACCUGAGAGACGCUGACUUCUCUCCUCUGAGCUCCUCAGUCCAGAGCAGCAACACCAAAGACAAGAGUCCGGUCAACAGCGUCCUCUGGAGGCCCUGGUAGAUGUUUGAGGACUUGUGUAAUUGUUAUAUCCUGGAAAAUUAAGUAUCUGAAUUUAAACUCAGCCUCAUGAUUAUUAUACUUCUUUUCGGAAUGUAGUGCCUGUUUUAAAGCAUUUUCCUUUUAUAUUGCCUCUUGUAAAGGCAUGAUUCUGUAAUAUUUGUUGAUAACAAAUUUGAUAUCCUAUUUUUGAAAAAUAUGCUCAUGCUGUAUUUCUGUUUCACGUUUUAGUCCGUGAUGUCAAUACUCUCAAUAUGAGACCUGUAUAUUGUUGGCAACACGAACAACGAUGUACUGUAUGCUUUGCUCCGUUUAGGAGUUACCGUUUUUCAUGUUGAACAUGUUUAAGAUGCCUUUGUGGUGUUCACAUAUACAGUACUUCUGAUUGAACUGUGCUUUAAGGUCUUAUCUUAACUGUCUGCGUUUUUGUGACAGAUAUGUCUGCGUUUUUCAGCAGAUAGCGUACGAGACAAAAGUGCUGCUUUUUCAACUCUGUGAGUGACGGCACGCAUGCCUUCAGUGAAGGACUUGUCAUUUGGAAAAUGUCUCACAAUGAAUGUAUCUCUUCAAGCCAAGUGAUGCGCAUUA